UGCUCGUGAAACCCUAAAUCGUAGAAGCUUGAGCAGCACAGCCUCCAUCGUUUUUUGAGUUUCCUCUACCGGCGAGCGACUACGAUCAGCCAUGGGUAAGGUUCACGGUUCAUUGGCUCGUGCCGGAAAAGUGAGAGGUCAGACUCCCAAGGUGGCCAAGCAGGACAAGAAGAAGAAGCCGAGAGGCCGCGCACACAAGAGGAUGCAGUACAACCGGAGAUUCGUCACCGCCGUUGUUGGAUUCGGGAAGAAGAGGGGACCUAACUCAUCGGAGAAGUAGGUUGGAUCUGUGAGCACUUCUACAUGAGGCAAUAGUGUCAUUUUCGAAUUUUUAACCUUUUCGUAGCCAAAGGAUGGUUUAAAUUUGUACUUGCUUUGCCGAAUUAUCUUAGCGCAAUGUUUGAAUUGUGAGAUUUUAUGGAUAUGUGCUACUUUGACUACAUGCUUGUGAGCUAUUCUGUUUUGG